AGCCGGGGAGGAGUCCCUCUGCACAUAAAUAGUCCAGAACCGAGAGAGAGAAGACACGGUAUCCGCAGAGAACCAUGCUGUCUACUCUCCUUCUAGGUGUACUCGUUAUACUAGUCCUGUACAUCUUGUCUACAUGGAAAAAGAAGAAGCAGAAUUUGCCACCAGGGCCGACUCCUUGGCCCGUUAUCGGUAACAUACCCCAGAUCGACAGACUAGCUCCAUAUGACAGCUUGACAAAGCUGGGGGAGAAGUACGGGAAUGUCUUUACGAUCUAUUUCGGCUGGAACCCAGUGGUGGUGCUGUACGGAUACAGCACCCUGAGGGAUGCCCUCUUGGGGCAGGCAGACGAUUUCAGCGGAAGGGCUAUUGUGCCCGUCUUUGAAAGGAUUGCAAACAGAAAAGGACUGGUGUUCUCCAACGGCCCUCACUGGCAGCAGCAAAGACGCUUCUCCUUGGCCACCUUGCGUAAUUUUGGGAUGGGAAAGCGAAGCAUCGAGGACCGCGUGACGGAGGAAGCCAAGUUCCUGCUGGAUUUUUUUCAGGGAAAGCAGGGGAAACCCUUCAAUCCGGCACCAGAGAUAACAGCCGCCGUUUCCAACGUUAUCUGCUCUAUCGUGUUCGGAGACCGCUUCGAUACGGAAGACAAGACGUUUCAGACGCUCCACAAGAUGAUUAGUGAGAACAUUGCCUUUCUGGGCCAACGUGGUUUCCAGAUGUACAACACAUAUCCAAACAUCCUGAAGUGGCUUCCUGGGGAGCACAACAAGAUCUUUGAAAACGCUUCCAAGCUGCAGGCAUUUCUUGGUGGCCUCAUAGAGAAUCACACUCUCACGCGUGACCCCAACUGUCCUCGGGAUUUUGUGGACUCGUUCCUUAACAAGAUAGAUGAGGAAGCCGGUAACCCGGAUUCACACUUUACUAUGGAAAGCCUGACAUAUACAACCUUUAAUCUGUUCAUUGCCGGGACGGAGACGACAGCGUCCACCAUCCGUUGGGCACUGAGGUUUAUGCUGAGGUAUCCAGAGAUUCAAAAGAAAAUUCAGGAUGAAAUCGACAAUGUUUUGGGGUCUGAAAAACGUCCAUCUCUUGAGGACCGGGUCCGAUUACCUUACACCGAUGCUGUGAUCCACGAGGUGCAAAGGUUUGCCAGCAUUGUCCCAAACGGGCUCCCCCAUGAGGCGCUGGAGAACAUCAACUUCCAGGGCUACACCAUACCCAAGGGGACCCAAAUCAUCACCUUUCUACACUCCGCUCUGAACGACAAGAACUUUUGGGACAAACCAGAGGCGUUCAACCCUGAGAGAUUCCUUCAAAAUGGCAAAUUUGUAAAGAACGAGGCCCUCAUACCAUUUGGAGCAGGGAAACGGUCUUGCAUUGGGGAAGCACUUGCAAAAACUGAAAUCUUUAUCUUUUUUGUGAGCAUCCUGCAGAAAUUCACCCUAAAACCUGUUCCAGGUGAAGAUGGACCCAUUGAGCUGAUUGGAGGAGGGACGCGGUCCCCAAAACCGUUCAAUUUGUGUGCUGAAUGGCGUGUCUGACGUCAGGGGUCAUAUGCCCAAAUCCUACAUUGUACAGCUCGGUACACUAAACAUUUCUUCUCUUGGUACUUGUAAUACAAGUAUUUAAAAAUAUCGCACUAUAAACCUCCAGGCACAUUUUAUUAGUACUUCAUAAAAGGGAACACCAGUGGAUUGCUAUCUGUCUAUUAUGCUUUUUUUUUUAUUAAAGUCCAUUUUAUAAA